UUUUCCAUGGUGCUUUCUUGACAGUUAGUGGUGUGAAAUAUUCAGUUUACUGCUUCAGCCAAGAACACACACUCACACACACACACUCUCGCACACUCUCACAUACUCUCACACACACACACUCACACACGCUCUCACACACUCACACACACUCACACACACACACUUUCUCAUACACACUUUCUCAUAGACUCUCAUACACACGAUCUCUCUUAUACACGCACACACACACACUCUGACGCUGAUGAACAGCGUGCGUGCGCACGUGUGUGUGUGUGUGUGUGUGUGUGUAGGGGGACACGCUGCAGGGACGAGUGUGUUUGCAGGACGAUUCUCCUCUCAUAGUUUUUCCUCAGAACUGAUGAGGACAUGAACGUGUCCAGAUCCAUCGAAUCUGUCGAACUGUCCUGUGAGCUCCUGCUGUUUCCAUAGAAACGCUGUAAGAGUUUUCAUCACAUAGCUAACACGCUAGGCUAGUUAGGAGAAGUGGAAAUUUGGGGAAAUAGCAGCUCGAUAGACCGAUAAAUAAAAAGCUAUAGAUGAUUUACUGAUGUUUUAUUUAAUUAUUUAAACACUUAUUAGCUAAGACACUGAGCUAGCAUGCUAAGUAAGCGUGUUUAUUACUGAACUAGCAGCCAAACGGAAUAAGUAAACGUAGCAAACACAACGUGGCAAAAAUAUCAAAUAUAAUCUGAAUAUUACUGCAAACAUACAGUGUGACCUUCAUGUUAGCAUUAGCAUACAAGCAUUAAGGAAGAAAUUAGCAGUAAAUAAGUAGAAGAUGGAGUCCAUAUAAAUAGUUUAAAAGUAAAAGUAGACGCUCGGUGUCUCUCAGACUGUAAUGUGAUUGUGAUGUACGAUGUAUUGCACGCGUGUGCAGGGCAUCAUGGGUAGCGUCAGCAGUCUAAUACCCGGCACUAAAAACUGCAGAGGUUCGGAUCACAAGCUGAAAAAAGGAUUUCAGUGUAAAAGAGGCGGCCUGCUGAAACACGGCUUCUCUCACGAUCACAACGCCAAAAACAACAACAACUCCAAACUCGACCACGGCUCUGCCGGAACCGGCAACAGCGACGACUUCUUCUACAUCAAAGUGAGCCACAAACCGAGAGGAGACGAAACGCCAGACGACGCGGGCUCGAGGAAAACGCCGACGGAACUGAGCGCGAGAUUAGAGCAGAGUGCAGAAAAUUCCUUCACGCCGCAGUUCCCUCGGAGCAGCAGCUCUUCCGUGGAAACCCACAACAGUUUGAGCACCAUUCUGGGAACUAACCUCAGCCAUAUCGAUCGUCCCAAAAACCAGACCCCAGAACCGAAACAUGACAUGAGCUCGGGAUCUCCGUGUGAUUCCGGGAUUUCCGGCUCGAGCUGGACCAACGACGGCGCUAACAGCAGGACUAAAUGGACUGGUGGAGUUAAUGGAGAUGGCGGGACGUCAAACUCCAGCACGAGAUCCACGAGCGUGCUGAGCGACUGUAUAUCCGGUCCCGCUAGCGUAAAGACAGAUACAGCGGCUAAAAAUGCGGAAACGAACCGAACGAGCCCUUUUACAGAUCGGAAUUUUCCAAGUUCCAUGGAGUCUGAAGUGUCCGAGGAAAGACAGCUCUACAGCUCUGAGGUAUCCCAGCAUGCUUUGCGGGCUCAGCAGCUCCUCCAGCUGCAGGUUCUUCAGCUCCAGCAGGAUAAAGAUCAGCUCCAGGAGGAAGUGGAUCAGCUGAUCAAGGACAGAGACGCAACCGAGAGUCAACUCAUCUACAAACACCAGCACACACCGUUAACACCCACCCUGGAGGAGACGCAGUGGGAGGUGUGUCAGAAAGUGGGCGAGAUCUCUCUGUUGAAGCAGCAGCUGAAGGACUCGCAGGCUGACGUGACCAGUAAGCUGAGCGAGAUCGUCUCUCUGAGAGCCGCACUGAGAGAAACCAGGAGUAAGAUGGAGGAGCUGGAGGAGAAACACCGGGAGUGUGAGGAGACGCUGCGCUUACGGAGCACUGAGAUGGAGGUCUGUGAGAACGAGCUGCAGAGGAAGAAGAACGAGGCCGAGCUGCUCCGAGAGAAAGCAGGAAAGCUGGAGACGGACGUCAAAAUGCUGAAGCAAGACCUUCUGGUGGCCAAAGAGGAACAUGUAGAGCUCCUGAGCCUGAAGGUCCAGCUGCAGGAGCAACAACAUCUACUGCAGAUCUGCCAAUCCAAGAUGGCCGACCAGGAAACUUCAGGACAAGUCGACGUCCUUCAGAAGGAGGUGGAGACACUGCGUGAGCAGCUGGAGGACGAGAAACAGAAGAAGGAGAAGAUCCUGGGCAGCUUCCAUCGCGAGAAGCAGACAUGGAACAAAGAGAAGGACAAAGUGAUACGCUACCAGAAGCAGCUGCAGUUUAACUAUGUGCAGAUGCACAGAAAGAACCAGGAGCUGGAGAAAAAACUGAAGGAACGAAACAGCAAAGUGGAUAACAGGACAGAAAAGGACACGGACGUCCACAAGACAGAAGCGCACUACGAUGAAAUGAUGGCCACUGAGAUAUGAAGCAGUGCGCUGUUCCAAUCCGCACUUGGUCGAGUCCCAUCGGCCAUCUUAAGGGCUGUUCAGUUACUGACAUCAGUGUACACUCUUAAAAAAAAAAAAGGUUCCUCAAGAGUUCUUCAGAUGGUUCUUGUUUUUUUAACCUUAGCUAAAGAACCCUCUUUGAAUUGGAAGCCAUUGUUUGUAGAGUUAUAUUCAGAGCCUUCCCUCAGACAGACAAACCAAAGAACCCUUUGCUAGAUAAAGUGAACACUUCCCAGAAUGCACUGCUACAUUCCUGAUGUCAAAAUGGCAGACGAGGCAUAAACAGCGUCAGGUUUAAAUGUUUCAAAUCUGUAUCGUUCAAAUUAUUGUGUCCCUCAUGGAUAUUAGCCAACCUUACUCUGCUAGCUAUUUAGCACUUCAGCUUAGCAAAGGAGCUGCGAUUUAGUCAGAAAUUCCAUCAAAGUCACUUCCGCCAAGUUGUACGUCUAUUCCUAGCUCCGCUCCCGCCUACUUGCGCUAGAAUGUGACGAUUGCAACAUGGACCUAACAUGUAGCGCCCUCUAGUGACAUCGUCAGUGUCAUUGAAGAUUAAAAGUUAGUCUAAAUUUUAUGAAUUUUUUUCUGAUUGGAAUUUAUUUACGAGUGAAGCUGGUCGCUGCAGCAGUUUUUUUUUUUAUUGUUUUAUUAGCUAAAUAAACUCUCACUGCAGUCAGUGCUGAAAACACAACAGGCAAGUGCUGUGAUUAUUACAUCACAACAUAUAACAGCCAAUCAGGUUCCAGUAUGCAAAUACAGACCAUGUAGCAGCGACAGUGGAGGGUCGAGGGACGUUUCCAGUUUCCGUAAAAGUGUAGUAGCUUCCGUGGAAACUCCAGAUCAAACAGAAUAUUAUUCAAUAUAUAUAUAAAAGAUGAGUUUUGUGCUCAGUCUCUGACUUUCUGACUUUAAAAUGAGGUACUGAGAGGAAAUAAAAAUCUACCAAAGCAAAUCACACUUUAAACAAACUUAAAUAAGCUUUAUUUCAACCAAGACCCUGAACAUUUACGAUUUCCUCCAAAAAUAAUGAAUCUUUUCUCUGUAUUUAAAGCAUAUGAGCUUUAUUUCAGCCAAACAUCUACACAAACACUAAAACUCUAAACUCGCUAAACUCGCUAAAGCCACUGACUCGUCGAGGGCACGCUCACUACACACACGCACACACACACACACACACACUGAAUGAUGUACAGAAUGUAUUGUAUAUUGCUUAUUUAUUCUGAUAAUAUAAUAAAUGGUACUGUUUUUCUAAUAACCAGAGUCUUUUGUAGAGAAUAAAUCAACGCACUCAACCCCGAGCUGUAUCUGACUGGACAU